UCAUAUGAUUAUCAAACGUCAAGUCGGAAUUGUAAAUAAACAAGUAAGAAAAAGUUUAUGUGGUGCAUUUUGUUAUCAAUAAUUUCUACAAAUUAUGCGCAAGACGUGAAAAAACAAUAAAAAUGCAAGUUAGCACUAAUGACUACUAUGAAGAAUAUGGACGCGAGGGUCAAAUACGUUGCAUUUUCCUCAGUGAGUUCCAUGCGACGGCUGGCUGCAAAAUUAGCUGUCAGGUACCCGCUGAUUAUGUCAGCAAGGAAGUAUUUGAUGCCAUUAAUGUUUAUAUUAUACCCAAACCACAUCUGCAACGCUGCAUACUUACAGUGAAUGCGCUAGAUAUAAAAGUCGUGGGAUAUCCAGUGGGCAUUGAAAAUCAACAGAAAUAUGCACGCAAUGCGUUUCUAUUUAAUUUGUGUUUUGUUUGCGAUUCCUGGGCGCGUUCGGUGCAAUAUGAGCCGGUGGUUAAGAAGCUGUCUGAGUACUUGAUAAUGAUGGAAGAGGAAUCAUGUUUCUUAUCGAAAGAAGGUGAUCACAAAUUGAAGUUACAAAAAAUCUUUGAAACCGUCAUAAAAGAUUUGAAUGAGAAGAAAGUUACUACAAUUGUGGAGGGCGACACUACUAUUUAUUUGAAAAUUGUUAUACACAAACCUGAUCCACCUGUUGUUAAAGAUCACAUGGUGCCUUUACUGCUAGUUGACUUCAAGAAUACACCACUAGACAAGUGGGAUUUGACUACGCAACAGAUUUUCCCCUAUAUAAAUGGCAUCAAUCACAUUGCGCGCAUUGCUGCCGAAGCUGACGUCGAAACCAAUCUCGUAAAAUCGUGCAUACAAAAUUUGGCCUACUAUGGCGUAGUACAUCUACUGCCCAUACUUAAAUACAGCAACGUCUACAUGUGCACACAACAUUUGAAAAGCUUAAUCAAAAUCCCAACACUAAGUCAAGCUUGUCGCAAAUAUGUCGCCUUAAAUUCCGAUAAAACACAUCCCUCUAUACAUAAGGUCUUCCAAUUCUACGCCUCCAUGACGCACGGUGUGACACUGCGCGCCAUUUGUCAACGCUUAUGUCCACAAAAUUACAAUAUCGAUGAGCGCAAAUUGGUUAUAUUCGGUUUGCAGCACAAGUUCAUACGUUGCAUACAUAAGUAUCCUGUUUUUACUGGUUCAGUGCCCUCCGGCAGGCAGAAAAUGUACACUGGGCUUUCGAGCUUCGAUGAAAUUUGUUGUAAAACGGGCUUAUCGCCAUUGGAUAUUGAAAGAGAUAUCGAUAAGGAUACUAAUGUGACGGUGAUAUGGAAAUAAGUGCAAGUAAAUGUGAAUGGAAAUUGCAUUUAUUUUGUUAAUGUAUUGAUAAUUCAAUAGUGUGUUUUGUUGCUCUAAAAACUCAUUGUUUACUAAAAAGUUUAAUCAGCAUAGUGUAUAAUGAAUAUUUCUAUGACAUAUAGGUACAUAUGCGUGCUCUGCAAUAAAUAUAAGCUUUUUAAAAGUA